UUGAAAAAAAGACAAAUUCCAGAUGGUCCUCCACGUUUCAAACAAAAUCAACGGGUUGUUCAUGAAGUGUUUUUAAAUGAUAAGGCUACUUUCAAAUGUACCGCGCUUGCAAGGCCUGCUCCAAAGAUUCAUUGGUAUAGAAAUGGAGAAUUUCUAAAUUAUACGAUGCUGUCACGAAACGAAAGACUUCGCGAAAAUAAAAAGCAUUUCUCGUUGGAAAUUCGACGGGUUGAGGUCGGAGAUCAGGGUUCAUGGACGUGUAAAGUCUGGAAUCAAGCUGGCUCAAUUUUUAGAAACUUUACACUCGAAAUUAUCGACUUUUGCGAUUAUUUUCUAAUGGACGAAUAUCCAUCGACAAAAGUACCCGAGAAAUGCAUUUGUUUAUGGUUUCUGAGUGGAGAGCAUCGCAAAGAAGGGAUUGAUUGGGGAGCGGUUAGUGAGGAUAGUUGCGACAACUACAGGAAAUAUGCACUGAAGAUGCGGAAACCUUUCGGCAAGAAACUAUGUGCGAAUGCACCGUGUAGUGUGCGUUCAACUGCUGCUGAUGAUGAGGAUGAGAGUGAGAAGACGUUAUCCUCUCACGAAUCAUCACAACAUGCAAUAAGCACGUCAACAGUGAGCAGCACAUCAGCAGAUGCAGUGGUGUUGCAUGGCAUUGGUUUGCAUGAGUCUGUACCCAAUAACUUCAUGCAUGAACACUAUUCGAAUGCCCUUGAAGAAUCUGUUCCCACAACUAUUCAUCGUUCCACUCAUUCUGAUGCAACACUUCAGCAUCAUUCAUUAUCGAUAUUAUCUCAACAUGUUGCUCAUCAAUCAAUAUCAUCUACUGAUAAUUCUGAGAAUAACAAUGAUGCAGCCGCGAAACGUCUUCGAACACGAACCGUCUUACUUCAUCAUUUCGACGAUUCUGAACGAGCAUCGAUAGCAGAUGAUGAUGAUGAUAUAGAGGAGGCGAAAGGUAUAGCAGUAUCACACAUUACAGAUUCAGAUGCAGUUCGAGAACAUCAGGGUAGAGAUGAUCAUCUCAGUGAAAAUAAUACGGUUGAUGGUCUAGUUCGAGAACAGGAGGGUGGGGAUAAUGAGUUUCGGCCAGUUGAAGACCAUCUGGUAUAUACGCGCAAGGAUGGUGAACUACCGUUCGAGAUGCCUGUGAACGAUGAGCCGUCGUCUGAUAAUCAACGCUAUCGCUUCAUUCAUCAUAAUCGCAGAAUAUCCACUCUGUUUUCAUCUUCAACACUUCCACCCACCACCACUACCAGUACCACUGCUCGUCCUACUACGCGACUCUCUUUCCCACCUCAAAAAGUUCCACCGUACUUCAAAGUUCGAGAUGAGGAUGCAGCCACAUCAGUGAUUACACCUUCUGGACGAACCAUCAAACUACAGUGUAAAGCAGGUGGACAACCAGAGCCACAGGUAAUAUGGUUCAAUAGCAAUAAAAAGGUCAUCACAACAGAGGCACGUCGUCCUGUGGGCGCUGAAUUCCGACUUCGGAAAAACACACUUGAAAUGGAGGAUGUAGCUGAAUCGGAUUCUGGCGAUUAUACAUGCGAGGCAUUCAAUUCAGCUGGUUCAGUAACACGAACGUUCAAGUUACGCGUCGUUGACCGCAUGCGAUCGAAACCCAUUAUUGUACCGAAUAUUCUCAUCAAUCAAACGGUCGAUGCGAACAGUACUGUUAAUUUCACGUGUAAGGUGAUAUCUGAUCUGACUCCACAUAUCGUUUGGAUGCGCAUUGAACUCACCAACGAUUCCAUCUAUUAUUGGAAUGCAACCGAUCGUAAAUAUGUCUUCCGAUAUACGGAUAUGCGUACUGUCGAGAAUGCGUUCAUAACGAAAACCUCUCAAGAUUCGUCGACCUUAACAAUUGUGAAUGUAACUAUGGCCGAUCAAGGCAUGUACGCGUGUGUUUCAGGCAAUCAUUUGGGACAUGCAAUAGCGAACGCAACUUUAACGGUGAAUGAGUUCCACGCUCUAACGUUAGCCACUGGUGAUCCAGAAUCUGAAUGGUCAUGGAUUUCGAUUCUAGCGUUGAUCAUUUGCAUCGUUCUCUUGACACUCUUGAUUUGUGCAGCACUUCUUUACGUUUUAUGUGUUAAACGUAACUCAAAAACACACAUCGCUCAAAUGGAACAACUAAUUCCAUCUGUUAAGAAACGAGUUGUGAUAACAAAGCCAGCGAUUGAUCCAUCCGAAGCCGAUGGAUGGUCAGAUAUGCCGUCAACAUAUCAGAUUCACAUUGAACCCAUCACGUCUUCACAUCGCAGACCGCGAUUACCAAGUGAUUUGACACUUCUUUCUGAUUACGAAAUUCAGUCGGAUCCAGCAUGGGAAGUGGAUCGGUCAAGACUUCGAUUUGUUGAUAUGCUUGGCGAAGGUGCUUUUGGAGAAGUUUGGAAAGCAAUCCUUAAACCACCACCAAAAUGCAAUGCAAUCAUACAGAAUGAUCCUAACGAAUCAGAGAUGCCAGUCGCGAUAAAAAAGUUGAAGGCAUCAGCACACGAGAAAGAGCUAAUUGAUUUGGUUAGUGAAAUGGAAACUUUUAAAAUAAUUGGUCAUCAUGAGAACUUGCUACGAUUAAUCGGUUGUUGUACGGGUGCUGGACCGUUAUACGUUAUCUUGGAAUUGUGCAAGCAUGGAAAUUUGCGUGAUUUUCUACGAGCUCAUCGACCACGCGAUACGGAUUCGGCGAAUCGAGUAGUGCAGGAUUCACCAGCGUUGAGUAGUGAAGCUUAUUUGGAGCCAAGGAAGCCAUCAUCAGGAAAAGUUUCAUUGUCGAAUUCGUCUUCUGAUUCUGAAGGACCGUUACUGAUCAAGAAUCUGACUCAACGCCAUUUGGUACAGUUCGCAUGGCAAGUAGCUAAGGGAAUGGAAUUUAUGGCAGCACGAAAAAUAAUCCAUCGUGAUUUAGCGGCUCGAAAUGUUCUUGUUGGUGACAAUUUUGUGAUGAAAAUAUCAGACUUUGGUUUGUCACGUGAUGUUCAUUAUAAUGAUUAUUAUCGCAAAAAGGGUAAUGGUCGAUUGCCGAUCAAAUGGAUGGCAUUAGAAGCGCUCGACUCGCAUGUGUACACGAUGUUUAGUGAUGUUUGGUCGUUUGGUAUUUUAUUGUGGGAAAUAAUGACGUUGGGAGGAACACCGUAUCCGUCGAUUGCUAUGCAACAACUGUAUUCAUGCCUGAAAGAGGGUUAUCGUAUGGAGGCACCUGAUAAUUGCCCAGAUGCCAUUUACACAGUUAUGCUUGCAUGCUGGCAGGAAUGUCCAGAACGCCGACCCAGUUUUGUGACGCUCGUUGAUUAUUUUGAUUGGAUACUGACAAAUUCGGCAAAAGACAAUGAGCAUUAUCUGGAAGUGCAGUCAAUUUCGAAUGAGGACGGAAGCCAGCAGCAACAACUACUGACGGACAAUGACGAAGAGAUGAUGACUCGCAACGAAGAAACAUCCUCGUUGCCAUCGAUCAGUGCAGCAAGCAACAGUCUUGUGAAACGUUCCCGUAAAAUACGUCCUCUUUCCGAACCGGUUAUUUAUGCAUCUGAGGUAAUCGAUGAUUUCGACUCGGAAGUGAAUGAUUUGGAGGAUUGUGAUUGUGCUGUUUCACGUCCACUCUUAUCAGGUGCCACAAAAGCUGUUGUAUAUACUCCUGAGGAUGGACCAGCUGUACAAUACGCAUUCGUCAGACGAUCUGGCAUUCCACUACCGGUUCCUGAUCCAAUUACUUCAUCAUUGAGUAGUGCGAAGAAGCUGAAUAGUACGGCAACAAUGUCCGUCGACAGUGCUAUUGGUUCACCUUCGUGGCCAAUCGAUAUGCACACAUCGAUGCUUCUUGACGGAUUAGAUCCUUAUCGAACACCUUCUGAUUCCAAUGAGCAUCUUAACGCUACCACAAAAACUCCUCAUCUUGCCUCCGUUAACACUAAUAAUAACAAUAGUAAUAAUAUUAUCAGCAAUACUAGCAACAACGAUAUUGUUAGUAAUGAAGCUACUAGCACUGCUAAAGAGGAUAGUGAUAAUAACGAAGGCAGCAUAAAUCAACAACAACCAAAUUUUUUCCCAAAUAAUGAUCAAACAAACGCUGAUAAUGCCACAUAUAGUGACGAUCGACUUCAGUCUCAUUAUACUGAUUUGGCUCACGAGAACGGAUCACAAAAAGGCAAACUUUUCCAAUCAAUGUUCCCAUUCCCUCCACAAAGGCACACACGAUUUUCUGACUCGUCUGCAUACGAGCCAGAUGCCGUUCAACUGUCCAUGUUGAACAAUCUGAACACUACGUCAACGACCGAAAGCUAUGCGCCAGUUUUCAAUGCUACCGAAGCAGAUACGUUGGAGAAGAGUAUGAAUCGAGGCGCACUCAAUGAUCUCAGUAGCCAGUCGACGCAUCAUGCGGUUGUAAGUAACCAACGACGUCAUUCGGUAGAUUCAAGUUCGAGUGGCCGUGGCGGGUCGUCGGGUAUGUCGAGUGCCGAAGGUUUAGGUGGUAUCGCAGAUUUUUGCCACAUCGAAUGUGUAAAUGUGGCACCGACAGCGCAUAAAGGUGUUGUACAAAGUAACUCUGUCACUACAUCAUCCUCAUAUUCUACUGACAUUCAAUCACAACAACGAUUCACUGCUUCAUAA